AUGAGUCACAGAGAAAACGAUUUAUCUUGCAUACCGACGAAUAUCGAGGAAAGCCGAAUAAUAUCCAACACUUCCAUCGAGUCGAAAUUCAGUUCAAAAGUUACAUUCAGUGCUGGAUCCGUAGCAUUUGAACACAAAUCGAAUGAAACAGAUGGACUAACAGAGGAAAAAGAGUAUCAUCAAGUGGUAAUCAACGACAACAGUAGCAGUAGUGGUGCUGACGAUCGUGAAGGAUGGGAUAACAAAAUGCAAUUUCUGAUGGGUGUUAUAUCAUAUGCUGUUGGCCUUGGAAAUGUUUGGCGAUUUCCGUAUCUGUGUCAAAAAAAUGGCGGUGGUGCAUUUUUGAUACCAUACUGUAUAAUGAUGUUUGUCGAAGGUACACCAUUGUUUCUUGUUGAACUUGGUAUUGGACAAAAAUUACGAUUAGGACCUGUUGGUGUUUGGAACGAAAUUCAUCCUUAUUUUGGAGGUGUUGGAGUGUCUGCAGCCAUUGUUUCGUUUCUUGUCGCUCUUUAUUAUAAUGUAAUCAUCACCUGGUGCAUAUAUUACCUGUACAGAUCCUUCGAUAUCAAUUUGCCAUGGAGCAGUUGUCCUGAAAUAAAUGGUUCUGUGGUGGAGGAGUGCCGGAUAUCUAGUUCCACAACAAGUUAUUUCUGGAAUCGUGAAGCAAUUAACACAAGCGAGUCAAUAGGUGAUUUCGGUGGUUUUGUUCCUCAUAUGACAGUUUCACUGAUUCUUGCAUGGGUGCUAAUCUACCUCUGCGUUAUGCGUGGCAUCAAAAGUAGUGGAAAGGUUAUGUAUCUUACGGCUACUUUUCCAUAUGCUGUUACAACCAUAUUCUUAAUAAGAUCACUGAUGCUUGAUGGCGCAGCUGAAGGUUUGAAGUAUAUGAUGAAUCCUGAUCUAAAGCGUUUAUGGGAUCCAAAUGUUUGGAUGGAAGCUGCAACACAAAUAUUUUAUAGCAUGGGAUUAGGUUUUGGUGGAUUGAUAGCAUUUGGAUCUUACAAUCCGGAAAAGAACAACUGUAAAAAAGAUGUUCUUUGGCUUUCUCUUUGCAAUCUAAUCACCUCACUUUACAUGGCUAUUGUUAUUUUUUGUGUUCUUGGCUAUAUGGGUGUACAAAACUAUAACAAUUGUAUAAAACGUGAUAUGGCUAAUAUUCUUGCCAUAUAUCCAAAUAAGUUUCGCAACUUUGAUGAAAUUCAAAAGAAUAUAUCAGUGGAGCAAUAUGCAAUAUGGAUGUACCGCGACUUCCAUGACACCGAAUAUUCUCUUCUGGCCAAUGUGACAGGUCAUUGUAAUUAUAAACAGAUCAUUUCACAGGCAGCCGAAGGGACCGGUUUAGCGUUUGUUGUAUUCACAGAAGCAAUAAAUCAAUUUCCAUUUCCACCUUUUUGGGCAGUAAUGUUCUUCCUGAUGCUCUUAAUGCUUGGCAUGGGUUCAAUGUUUGGUACUUUGGAAGGUGUAAUAACAUCACUGAAUGACAGCAAAUUAAUCAGCUUGAAAAAACCCGUUCUCACAGCCAUUUUAUGUUCAAUUGCUUGUGGUAUUGGUCUUGUUUUCACAACACAUUCCGGUCAGUACUGGGUAAUGUUGUUUGAUCAUUUCGCUGGUACUUACUCUCUAAUGGCUGUAGCUUUUUUUGAAGUUUUAGCUGUGAUAUACGUUUACGGAUGGCAAAAUUUUGCUCGAGAUUUAGUGGAUAUGACUGGUGAAACAAUUUCUUGUUAUUGGACUAUAACAUGGCGUUUCAUAUCACCAGUCCUGAUGCUUAUCCUCUUUUUUGCUUCCAUUAUCAAAUCUUUCAUUGAUUUACCGAGAUAUUCGGUUUACAAUUCUGUGACAACACAUCAAAAUGCACAAACAUAUCCCGAGUGGGUCUUGAUUAUUGCCAGUUCAAUGGUUUUAUUUGCUAUGGCACCAGUACCGUUGAUAUGGUUUAUUCGGAAAUUCAAAAUUAUGAAUUUAGAGAUGGAUAUACCUACAUCUCAGAAAUGUCUAAAUGCAACACCGAGUACAACAUACAUUCUCAGGUCUGUAUCAACGGUUGCUCAAGUUUCCACUGAAAGUAAUGCCAAGUUAUUGCCGUUAAAAGCUUCCUUCUAA